AUGGCAGACCUGUUGGUUGUUGUCGUAACGUGGCAGCAGACCUUCAGAUAUUGGAAGAGUGUCUCUAGGUCUCAAUCUUCACCAACUGUUUCAUCGUGUCUACUCCGUGAUGGAACCGUCUAUUUUUCCGCACUAUUACUUUUGAACAUAGCUCAAGUGUUGACGACCCAUCCUACAUUUCAUCCUGUGGGAUCGCUCGUCGUGGCAAUGCCUCCAAUCUUGGUUAGCCGCUUCAUGCUGAAUCUGCGCCAAGUGCGCUCCGGGCCGAGCAUCCAGUCUUACUCUGCCGUAAUUCCUACAUUCCAACCUAGGACCUCGAGCGCCGACUAUGGGACGUUCACAAGCAUCAUCGGUAACAUCGGCGAGCCUCUCGUACACGGGCAUGAUGAAGAGAUCGAGGAGGAUUUGGCACCGAUCCUUGUUAUCGGUCCUCCUCAGACAGCCUCGACAUAG